GAGCUGGGCGAGGAGGAGGAGUUCCUCGAGGAGGACGGCGAGCUGGAGGAGUCGGCGGUGGGCGAGGAGCCGGAGGAGGCGGCGGACGGCGAGCUGGAGGACGAGGAAGACGCCGUGGCGCAGAACCUGACCUACAACGCGAAGGACGACGUCAACGACCAGGUCUUCGAGGAGCUCCACCUGGGCGCGCUUGGGCUCGAGGUGCAGCAGACGUGGAACGACUUCCUCAAGGGCGCCGAGUCGCGCGAGGCAGCGGGCGAGGCCAUCUACGCGGCGGUCUUCGACGCGGCGCCGAGCCUCCAGAACCUUUUCAAGACCCCAAGGGCCGUCAUGGCCAUGCGCUUCAUGAACGGCCUGAACCAGAUCAUCGGGUCCCUGACGGAUCCCAAGGCGAUGAAGGUAGUGGUGGAGACCCUGGCCUUCCAGCACCUGGACCUCGACGUGACCAUCCCCCGGACGGUCAUCUUCCGCGACGCCAUCGUCGACCUGUUGGUGGUGGAGCUGGGCGCGCGCUACAGCAAGAGGGCCAGGGAGGGCUGGAGCAUCAUGCUCAACUACGUCGGCGGCGCCUACAUCUCGAGUAGGGGAUAG